AUGGCCGACGAGACAACGCCCCUCAACCCCAGCUCCUCGAGCGCCGGAGCGGGCCCGUCCCAGCCCAAGGCCGAGUCGUCGAUGGCUCGUGUGCUCAACGACGUCUCGGAGAACUUUUUCCAGCCGUUCUCGCAGGGCGCACUGAGGCUCCUCCCGGCGCGUGGCGAGGGCAUUCGGGCGAAGAGCAAGCGCGGAGAUCGUCUGCCGGACUCCGAGGAGCGCCCCCUGCUCACCGACUACCACUCAAUCAACGACCCCACCAUCCGUGUGCGCGUUCCCAAGAAGCGUGCGACGCCAGUCAAGGUCGAGCCUAAGGUGUGGUUCGCCAACGAGCGCACCUACAUCUCAUACCUCUCGAUGGGCGUGCUCCUCUCCACCAUCGCGACAGGUCUCCUCUACGGCGCCAAUGACCACCCUGCGCGCUGGUUUGCCCUCGCCUACGCCAUCAUCGCCGCCGCCACCCUCAUCUACGGCUACGUGCUAUACCAAAAGCGCCUGACGAUGAUUGCGUCGCGCUACCCGGGCAGUUUUGACGUACUCGUCGGUCCACUCCUCAUCUGUGGCUCGCUGUUUGUCGUCAUCCUCGCCAACUUCAUCUUCCGCCUUGCCGAGGCCCGCAAGGAGCACGAGCCGCUCGGCGUCGGCGCGAGCCCGCUAUCGUUCUCGUAUGCGUGGCGCGUGGCGGGCGAGAAGAACAGGUGGCACAACUAG